GCAGGCUCUGCCACCGUGCUUGUGGGAGUGAGAGACCCCUAGGUGAUGCUUUUAGGUCUGGUAAUGCCUCAUAAUUCACCUCUCUCAGCUGUGGUCCUCUUAGCUUUUGACCUCCCAUUAAACUUGCCUGGUCCUUGCAGCAAGGUGUCCUUCAGAGUGAGCGUCUGAUACACCUUUCUCAGGCUGGAGGAGGUUCUGCUCAGGACUACCAGGUCUGCAGUGUGUUUGGGUAAUAAUAACUGUGCAAAGCUCGGUGGGAAAGGCUCUCACUGGCUCAUGGUCUGAAGAGAAAGGCAGGUAUCUGGCAGCCUCACCCCUGUGUCCCUCCUUUCAUCUCCUGCAGUUAACCCCAUAUCACGUGGUGUGUUGUGCAGUAAGAGAAUAUCCUUACCUCGUAGCCCUCCUUCCCAACAGAUUAUCAGGAGCAAGUCCCUUGUGCAAGACACAUGCUGUGCUUGCAGCCAUGGUGGUUUCUGAAGUUCUUCAGACCAACUGUUAUUUUUUCAAGUUUACUCAGUGCCAGUGGAUGGUGCUUCCCAGCAGCAAAGUGGGAGCUCUCAUACAGCAAACUGUUUGUUUUCAUCCAUAAAAUAAGGACAUCCACACUCCCUUCCUCUUCACCAUCUGCAGCCAGAGCAGCCUCUGUCUUCCUCCAACUUUCAUGGCUGUCAGGAAAUAUUCAGUAAAGACAUGAUCUUGUCUGUGACUAGUUUGUCCUGUAAAGCUGGUUAUUAACCACUGAUUUGAACAGCAGCCAGUGACCUCUCCCUUGAGCCACUGUCAUCUUUUAUACCAUUUUUUGGAGAACAUUUCUGGCACUGCUUUAUUGUUACAGCUAGAAACUGCCAUGGACUCAACAGGAAGCUGUAGGUAAUUACUUUGGCUUCUCACAUCCUCUGGUCAGCAGAUAGAAGAGGCUCAGAGGCUCAGCACAAAUUUCUACAUACAUCACCGUUCCUCCGUCGCCUUUGAUUCAGACCCUGGUGCAGGGGAACAUCUUGGUUAGUGAUGAGGUGCUGAUGUCAGCCAUGUCUGCUUUUACAUCCUUGGACCAACCCAUGCCAGCGGUGCAGCCCCCAGUGCAGAGCGGCUUGAGUAUGCAUGCCGGGGCUGGUUACCUCUCACAGCCCCCUCCUCCUCCCCCACCACCUCCUCCACAGCCCCCACCACCCCCCCCACCAAGCCUGGGGGCUCCGGGGCAGCCCAACACCGGCAGCGGUGUGGUUGAAGUGUACAGUGCUCCUGCAGCCAUGGCAGCAAACAGCUCCGUGGAGAUCCAGGCGCUGGGGAUGCAGCCAUACCCAGCCAUGGAGGUACCAAGUCAGUGUGUGGAAAGUCCUGUGUACCCCUCUCCCCCUGUGUACAGCCCUGGGAAGCAGGGGUUCAAGCCCAAGAGUGCCAGCGUUCCCACACCUUUGACCAGUGCAGGAGGAGGCAACGUGGUUGGUUUUGAUUCCACCUCAGCUGUCAAAAGUAGACGUUCCAAAAGUGAGAGUGGGCUGCAGGAAGGGAAACCCAAGUCCCCAAAGCUGAAAUGCACUUACUGUGACAAGGCCUUUACCAAAAACUUUGACCUGCAACAGCACAUCAGAAGUCACACAGGUGAGAAGCCCUUCCAGUGCAUCGUGUGCGGCCGAGCCUUCGCCCAGAAGUCCAAUGUGAAGAAACACAUGCAAACCCAUAAAGUGUGGCCUCCAGGACUAGGAUGCACCAUCUCCCGCAACUCCAUCACGGUGCAGGUCAUGGCCUUGAACCCCAACCAGGCAGAGGAUGAGGAGAACACAGGUUUGACUCAACCCUCUAGGAACCCAGCACAACCUCCCCAAGACAUGAGCCCCAUGGAGGAGAGCGAUGCUGGCAAACUGGAAGCCAAGCAGGUUGUCUUGAUCGACAGCUCUUACCAGUGCCAGUUCUGUCCCAGCAAAUUCAACACCUAUUUCCAGCUCAAAUCACACAUGACACAGCACAAGAAUGAACAGGUGUACAAGUGUGUGGUGAAAAGCUGCGCUCAGACCUUCCAGAAGCUGGAAUCUUUCCUCGACCACAUCAAGAGCCAUCAGGAGGAGCUGAGUUAUCGCUGCCACCUCUGCAGCAAGGACUUCCCCUCCCUGUAUGAGCUGGGCGUCCACCAGUACUCGCACAGCCUGCUGCCCCAGCACAGCCCCAAGAAGGACGUGGCUGUAUACAAAUGUGUGAAGUGUGUAAACAAGUACUCCACUCCUGAAGCCCUGGAGCACCAUCUGCAGACAGCAACGCACAACUUCCCCUGCCCUCACUGCCAGAAGGUGUUCCCCUGUGAGAGGUACCUGCGCCGCCACAUCCCCACCCACGGCGGAGGCAGCAAGUUCAAGUGCCAGAUCUGCAAGAAGUUCUUUCGCCGGGAGCACUACCUCAAGCUGCAUGCCCACAUCCAUUCAGGUGAAAAGCCCUUUAAAUGCUCGGUGUGUGAUGCAGCUUUCAAUCGGAAAGACAAACUCAAGAGGCACAUGCUGAUCCACGAACCUUUCAAGAAGUAUAAAUGUCCUUUUUCAAGCCACACAGGCUGCAAUAAAGAGUUCAACAGGCCUGACAAGCUGAAAGCUCACAUACUGUCCCAUUCAGGGAUGAAGAUCCACAAGUGCCAGUACUGUAACAAGUCCUUCAGCCGACGAGCCCACAUGAUGGAGCAUCAGCGCUCGCACACCGGCAACUACAAAUACCGCUGCCCCACCUGCAGCAAAGGCUUCACACGCCACAAGUACAUGAAGGACCACAAGUGCCGCCUGGGCUCCCCCAAGGACAAAGACCUGCAGCUCAGGAAGCCCCAGAAGAGACGGGUGGUGCAGGGACGCAAAGCGGGCCUUUCCCUUCCCAACCAGCUGCCUCUGGGAGAGCUGAAGGACGGCGCUGCUGGGGAAGACGUCCCUAACAAAGAGCCAUUCCAGGAGUCAGAUGCUGUCCUGUCCAUUGUGGUUGGUGGGUCAGGAGCUGCCGACUCGGACCUUGUCGUUCCUGGGCAGCCCAGCAGUAUUGCAUCCAAUUUGUCCUUGGCAGAACUGCAGGCUGCCUCGGAUGGCCCCUGCACCAUGCUGGCUGUCCCCGUUUACAUCCAGACUGAGUGAUCGUAUGUAGAGCCACUGUGUGGCUUGGGGCUGCUGCUGGGAUCGUCAGACUUGGUGCUGAAAUUUAUUCUGGUGAAAAAGACCAAAGCUCUUGUGGGGAGUAGAUGGAUAUGGGAGAGAAUGGCUUUCAUUUCCAAUUGAUCUUCCCAUCCAUGGGCGAAGGACUUUUUGGAAGCCACUGAUGGCUACAAGGCACUGAAGAGAAUGGCUCCGUUUUUUUCUUGUCCCUCUGCAUGGCUGGUCAGUUAAGGGCAAGAAAGACUAAGAUCCCUGAAUCAGGGUGAGAAGGAGGAGCAUAUAAACUUGCAACAAACAGAGCUGCUGAAGUCAGGUGGCUUUGCAAAUCACAGCCCGUCCCAUCUGUGGUUUUUCUGGCCUAAAAGCUGUAUUGCCCAGUAUUUGGGUGCCCUUUUCGAGAGCAAACAAAUGAUUCUUCCUAGUGGAAGCAAGUUCGUUGUGAGACCCUUUGGGAACACUGUUCAGAAAUACUCUGAUAGACUUUUCUGGUAUCUUUCUCUGCUCUUAUCAGUAAAAAGAACACCUUGUCUAUACUACA